CUCCCAGGGUGAGUUCACUCACUUCUUGCUCAGGGCUUUGCAGCCACAGUGAGCCUAGGCUGGGGAGACUGGAAGGAUCAGAGGUCCAGGCAGGGCCCAGGGCAGGAAGAUGGCCAGUGUGGGCAGCGACCUCAGCACCAGGAUGUCUGUAGAAAACAAGCAUAUCUAUGACAUUGCUCUCCGCCACUUCAAAACACAGAAAGUCAAAAUUUCAAAUAUAAUAAAAGUAGCAUUUCCUUUCCUUGAACUUCUCCGUGACUAUGGAUUCAUCAGCAAUGAAAUAUAUGAAAAGUCUAAGGAAUCUUUUAAAACACCGGGUUCGGAACAGAAAGUCACAAUUGAUGUUCUCAAUGAAGUGGAGAAGACAUUUAACCUGUCCCUUCUGGAAGCAUUGUUCAGCAAGGACGUCAUGGACACCUACCCUGGUUUAAAUGAUAUUUAUAAAACCUUCAAAAAAGUAAUACCAAACAUAGAACAGUUCCUAAAAAGUGAUGGAGAAGAAAAUGAGGAGAGGCCUGAACAGAGCCUUGAACAAGAGAUCAACAGUGAGGACUCCAGAGAAUCCAGUGAUGGAGAUGAGCCCCCCGAAGCUUUGUAGACAAAAGGGGUCACAUGCUAACCUGACAAGCUCAGGGAAGGCCUGCAUGGCAGUCUUGAAAACUCAGAGACCUAAAGGAA